GAAAAAUUCCCUUCCCCUUGAGGUUCCCGCACAUCAACAACAACAAUUAUCAGAAUCCUGGCCUGCAGCACCUGGCAUAACCUCCGUGACCGUCACUUUCCCUCCAUCACAGCUUGACCCAUUUUCCAGCCAGCUUAUCAAAGUCAAUGCGGAGACGCGGCGCACUGGCCCCUGGACCCGAUCCACUGCCAGUUACCAUCUUGGAAGUCAGCAUCACUGCCGCCGUGUACACUGUCACCGAAAUCAGAAAUUGAUAUUAGCCGCUCAGCUUCGCAAUUAAGGCUUUGUGACAAUGCCGUGGCAGCCCUUGCCACUGUCAUACGCGGUUGCCAUUUAUCCCUUUCAACCAUCCUCGUCGCCGGCUGAGCUUCCACUUCAAAUUGGCGAUCAGCUUUAUGUGAUCGAGCAAGGCGGGAAAGAUGGUUCCUGGUGUCGGGGUUAUCUAGUAGCACCUCCAACGUUACUAUCCUCUCUAACCUCUGGAGUUCGCACCAUUUCCGAUGCUCGCGUAUUUUCUGGCAUCUUCCCGCGAUGCUGUAUCGAUAUUCGCGAACAAUUGGGACAGGCUCCCCCUCUCCCAAAGCAGGCAGGGCAGCCAAAGCCCCCUGCCCCAGUGCCAAUGUUGAAAAUCGGCGAUGAAUCACCAACAUCAUCCGCCGAACCCUUGGUGGAUGAGAUCUCCAGCUGUCUUAGAGAAUGGUACAUUCUCCACCUGCCUGAUCUCGUCCUACGACGGGAAUAUCAGCUGCUCGACAAGAUGUCCGAGUUCUCCACACGUCUGGACUACGCUCGACGAGAAUUGCUGAAUGAUGUUCUGACGACCCAGGAACGAAUAGGAGUUCGAGAACAGGCGGUAUGGGAUUUGGCUCGAGGCAAUAAGAUGCUCAGUGGCGACAUCAUUGUCAGAGAUCCUCACCAGCAUGGUCGGUUACUAACUUCAGAGGAUUCGGCGAUUGAGGUCACCAAAUUACAAUCAGUCAUGGGUGUCCUCGAUGGCACACCAGCAGAAAAGUCAAAGGUUACCUCUCUCCACCAUGCACUACUGGAAGUUAAAUCUGUUGCUGGUUCAGACUUGGACCAAGUCACUGUGAGCCUUUCGUUGUAUCAGAAGAACGAAGAGGGCACGGUAUCUUCUUUUUCCGAGGCAUUCACAUCUCUUGCUUCAGCUAAGAUUAAGACUCUCUUCUCUGAUCUCGGUUCUCGAGACAUUGCUUCCGACGGUCAGCUAUAUCUAGUCGCCAAGGUAGUGGUGCCGGAAGCCCCACGCAAGGCCAGGAAAGUCGUAGCGGAGCGACCGCCAUCAAGAAAUGGGACAGUUCGAAGUCAAAGACAGUUGUCCCUUAACAAGCGGCGAUCGAGUCUGCUUUUUGGGAAGAAGAAGAAUGCUGAACGACCACAAUUGGGCCAGAAUGGUCGUGUCACGCCUCAAACUGCCAGAGCCUCCACACCGACUAUCAUAGAGGACGAGGAAGAUCCACCUCCGAACAGACCGCCAGCACCGCCAGUGCCCCGUACUGUGGGAGUGGGGAUCUUGGACGUCGCCGAGAUCAUGAGGAACAAUCGCUCGAUUGAGGAGAGUAUAACCAUCUGGGCCUCACCUCAACGCGAAGACGAGAAAGGUCUGGAAGAUGACCCCGUUAUAGCACAGCUCCUCAAUCAUUCGGGCAAGAACUUUGUGAUUUCAAACAGAGUUUCUUCGGUCAAUAUUAAACUCACAUCGUUCGCUGCGCCAGAUGCAGACACUCUUAUCAAGAACAAUCCGACCUCGAUGCAUUUAGUUGUCAAGACACAGAAGAUGGGCUUUUCAGAAGCCCCCUCAAAACCCCGUCAUGACAUUUAUUUCAGACUCAACAAGGCUCUUGUCGGCCCAAACGCUCACCUGUCACACCCGGAACUUGGUAUCGCACCACUGAGAAAUACUGCACUAAAGAAUUUGCAGCUGACCAUGGAGGUCCGAGAUUCUUCUGGCCGCCGUGUCGAACAUUGUAUCUUCCCAUCAUCAAACGGAGCGGGUGUAACGGCGUUUCGCACAAAUGCCGUCGAGCAUGAUUCUCGAUGGGACCAGACCCUUUGUCUCCGCAUUCCGACCAACAAGGUCAGUGACAGUCAUCUUGUGUUGAGCAUAGCAGACGCCCCGGAGUUCCCCUUCGCUUUGGCUUGGAUGCCUCUGUGGGAUCAGCAGGCCUUCAUCAGCGAUGGAGGCCAUUCUUUAAUUCUCCAUGCCUAUGACAAAGUCACGUCUAGCAUUAUCCAGGGCAAGGGGGCCUACCUCUCCCUGCCCUGGAACAACGCCAAUUACAAGACCGUCUUCGAGGGUGCAAUGACACAUGUUGCCUCAGUCGAAGUGGAGACAGUCUUGUGCAGUACCGAGUUUUCUCAGGAUCGUACACUGGCAUCUCUGAUCAGCUGGAAGCAUCAAUCAUCUGUGAAACUGCUGGAUAUUCUACAGAAGGUCACUUUUGUCCCGGAAAUUGAAAUCGUCAAACAACUCCGGGAAGUCCUGGACGCUUUGUUUGGGGUGUUGGUUCACAAGUCGGGCGAAUCAAAGUUUGAGGACCUGAUAUUCAACGAUAUCGUCUUCGUUCUGGGAAUUGUCCAUGAUAGGAGGUACAAUUUGGGCCCUCUGGUGGAUCAGUAUACCGAAAACAACUUCCGCUCUCCCUAUGCUGCAUCUGGACUCAUACGCAGUUUUACUAGACUCCUGCAAAGUGUUUCUGACCCUCAGAGUGCCCGAGAUAUGAGAGCGCUUUUCAAAGUUGGGCGAAUGUUUAUGAAGAUUGUCAUCACUUCAUACCAGCAGCGGCGAUUUGGGACUCAGGCGAAAGAUGUUGAAGACAAGUACUCGCACUUUAGGGAAGAUAUGCAAGCCAUCCUUUUUGGAUUGCAGAUGAUGAUGCGCAGUGAAACAGCGGCAUUAGUGGGAAGCAAGACUCUUCUAGUUCAACAGUUCCACACCUGGCUACCAGAAUUGUUACCUGCCUUCUCCAGAGAAGAAGUCAUGCAGAUCGCGAUUGACUUUAUCGAUUCUUGCGACGGCGCCACAGGUAAAUUGUUCUUGUUCAGGCUGGUCUUGAUCUUGAACUACACCAAAUUGGACCAGAUCUGGGUUGAAGAUCAAGACAAGGAGCUUCUAGUCGAGAACUGUGUCAGAUGGCUCAACCCAUGCUGGUCACCUAAUUCCGUCACAGAUGUGUGGCAUGAACAAGUGCGGUUGAGCUGUUCGGUGGUCGCCCAACUGAUGCGGUUCCCAACCCAUCAUCUGCAGGACUUCAUGCCGAAGCUCAUCUCCGCAUACUGCUCAAUCUCAAGUGAGCCCCCGACAAAGAAAUGGGCCCUUUCGCUCCUGUUCUCUGAGCAAUAUCCACUGGUCAGCAAACCGGCUGAAAGCAACGACCAAUUUGACGAGGCUCUUCUCGAGCUGUCUGCUCUCAUUUCGGCCAUUGCGAAAUUGAGACCAACUACCGCCCCGAAGCUUGAACAACAAGACUUGUCCGAAUACAUAUUGUCGACAUUGACGGUAUUGCGGUCGUUGUUGAAGAAUGACGCUUGCCCGUCAUCGUGGCUCAGUCUACACAUAUACAAUCAUGCCUCAGCCCUCACUAUACUUGACCAUCUCUCGACACUUCUAGUCUCAUACUAUCUACCUACACCUGAGGAUGCUGAAUCAUUCGACAUGCAGUUAUGGAAGUCGUUCCUUGAUACACUGAUCAAUCUUGUAUCUUCGCCGGCGCUCACUCUGGAGCUGUUUCCUGAACAAAAGAGACGGGCGGUGUGGAAGAUUGCCGGUGACGUGCGACAACAUGGAGCCGAGUUGCUUCGCAGGAGCUGGGAGAGCUUAGGAUGGGAAGCAACAGCUGAUGAUCAACGCCGGUACAACAUACGCAAGUUAGGAGGCUAUCAGGUACAAUAUGUCCCUAGCCUUGUUGGACCAGUCAUCAGCCUUUGUUUGAGCAUGCACGAAGGAUUGCGGAAAGUUGCGGUAGAAAUUUUGCAAACCAUGAUCAUCAGCGAGUGGGCACUCAGCGAGGAUCUGGAACUUGUGGAAACAGAAAUCAUUGGUGCGUUGAACACAACUCUCAAGGCCAAAGCCGUGUCGGCCAACGAAGCCAUGGGACGGAAGUUCUUUAUUGCAGAACUGCUGGAUCUAUUCCAGACGAUCGCGAAUCAACCGGACGACGCGCUUUGGACAGCAUUGGAAGAACUUGUUGGCACGAUUGAAGAACUGGUAGACCUCCUUACCUCGUCUGAGUCGGAGCAUGGCUCCACGGGCGCAGCUGGUGCCACGACGAAUGCCAAAACACGAACCAAUGGCCACGGGCCUGGCAAGGACAGCGACUCGCAAACCUCUGAGUCGAAAGAACUUGAUCGAGCACGCCGCAGCAUUGAUGGCUUGAGCCCGACUUCUCAGCAGCAAGGGCGCGAAAGAGCAUAUGGAGUUCAUGCCCUAGAGUGUUACAAGCAGCUUGCAGACGAAUAUGAGAGGAAUGGAGACUACAAACGUCUAGCCAAGACAUAUCGAGCGAUCGCAAGGAUUCAUGAAGCGAGGGCCACGAGCCGACUUGCUGGUGGCAGGGAUCUCGUCAAUGGACGUGGUCGACUAGACGAGGAGCUCGAAGAGGAUCCCUGAGGUAUGUGUCCUCGCAGUACCACGGAAGGAGAUUGGGUGGAAAUGCAGUAAGAGGUCACUGGGUACCAGGGACCAGGGGACGAUUUUGGGCUUGUUGAUUCAACUUUGUGCGAGUAUGUGAUUAUUAGCCAAGUUAGUAGCCUUGAGCGCCCGACUCAGA